AUGGACUCCGGGCUCACGGCGUGGUCUCAGCCGCGGUGGUGGCAGAAGGCGACUCCGAGUCCCACUGGAGCGCCUGGCGGCCCCGGCCAAGACCUCCGUCCAGGGGCAGAGUAUGCGCCCAGUGGGGGCUGGGCCCAAGCUGGCGGUGCAGAAGUAAGAGGGGGGAGCCAGGCAUUCAUCCCGGUCAAUUUUGGUUUCAGGUCGUGGCAGCUGGUGGACGGGGGAGCUGGAGAGAGGCUUGCCCCAGGGCCUGGGCGGUGGAGGUGUAGCUGGCAGCCGUGGGCAGGUGAAGACAGCGCUCUGCCGGGCCAGGUGAGUCCCCUUCCCCUCCCUGGGCCUUGCUCCGCUGGCCUUCUGCAUAAGGAGGUCUGGGGAGCCAGGGCCAGCGAGGCGAAGUGGCUGACAUCCCGGCAGAGCGGCAGGGUGACGGCAGGGCAGGCAGCACAGGUGACACCGUCUCAGGGGGAGCUGAGGCAGGGCGGGCUGGGAGCUGUGGCUGUCCCAGGUGGAAAGGGCAUUUCCAGAGAGUCGGGCGGCAGAUGGGGCAGGGCUGCCAGCGAGGGAGAUGAUCCAGCACACGGGGGCCGUUCAGGCCCCGGAGCAGACAGGACGAGGCGGGGGACUCAGGUCAGUGGGCCGCGCUGCCACUUCACCCACUGCAGUUCAUUUAGUAGCAGGUACAGGGGCGGCUCUGGCCAGGCCUCCUGAGGCCUGAGCCGGAGCCUCGAGGCGGAGAACGGGCUAGAAGGCAGGCGCAGUGUGUGGGGAACCGCCGUAGGACGUCACCUGGGGGGAGUGGUGGCCACAGCGACAGGGCCCCAGGGAGAUUUCUGCAGCAAGGAGGCUGCCGCGGGCCCAGCGGGCCACCAUCCCCAUGCGGCACUGCGGCCCAGGGGCUGGCGCAGGAGGGCCCCCAGUGAACUUGGUGACACUGGUGACACUUGGCCCUUACCGCCCGCCCCUGGGACUGGCACGGCAGACAGGACAGCACCCAGGGGAGUCAAGGACACCGGAGACCAGACUAGGCGAGGGAGGCGGGGCGGCGUGAAUGAGAGCUCCGGGGGGCGGGAGGUCGGGGCGCAGGCAGGGGCAAGGAGCUGGAGCCUGGCGGCGAGCCGGGGGUCACUGGCCUCCGAGCCCAUGGCCAAGGCGGGCCUCUGCGGGCGGUGACGGAGCAGGGAUCGGUCCGCGCUCAGACCGGAGACGAGGCCUUGUCUCCAGUGGGUGUGGACGUGCCUGCCAGUCACGGAGGCCGGGCGCCGGGAUGCGGGCAGAGGGACAUGACAUGGUCCGGCGUGACGGCGAGGACAGACGGGACGCUGUCUGGCCUCCCUGAACAUUCUCGGCUGGCCCCGCGGGGGAGCUGGAACACCCCGCAUGUCUGUUCCUUUACCUUCCUGAAGGAGCCAAUACACUACUGCUGCUCUCUGGACCCCAGAACCCUCAAGAUGACAAGAAAUGGUGCUACCCAGCUCACGCCUGGGCCUUGGAACCCGGACUUCUUCAAGUCUUUCUAGCUCUGACUGAGAAUAUGCUGCAUCUGGAACCACUACACACCCUGACUCAGGAACCAGCUCUGGAAGGUUGAGCUAAAGGAACAGACGACCCACACCAUCGGAGGAGCAGCACACCCACCCCCGCCCGGCGACUCCAUCUUUGAGGCUACGCCCUGCCGCGCCCAGAGACCACCAGCAGCCUCCCUCCCUCCCCUUCAUCCUUUCCUCUGUCUUUUUUCUUCUCUUCUCUCCUCUGUCUUUUGCUCAGAAGACUCAGAGCGUCCAGAACCCUGUCUCCCCGUCCCUCCUGAAUUAAUUUGCACUAAGUCGUUUGCACUGGUUUGGGGUUCUGGAGCAAGCCUGGGUCUCUCAGUGAGUGAGUGAGCUGCUGAGUGGCCCGGCCUCCUCGGCCUGCGCCUCCCCCAGCGCCCACCUCUCAUCCAUCUCUGUCUGGGGGCGACUGGGAGGGGGCCCGAGUGUGUGGGGCCCCGCCCUCCCCUCACCUAGUCUGGGCGCUCCAAACAUCGGAGCAACCUCAAAGCAUUCCAUUGUGUGUCUAUCUCGCUCUGUGUCCCUCCCUGCCAGGGCCUCCCCAGAAGCCCUGGACUCAUCAAUAAACACAGUUACAGGAAUUGGU